AUGACGCUGACAGCGCAGUGCGGCUCCCAAACACUGACUCUGCGGAACAAGCUGCUGGCAAUGCACAAGCCCCCGACCCUCAAGGCGCACCCGAGGAGCAAGCGAUCACAAAACAGUGCCAAUGAUACUAUCAAGGGAGCGGAGCAAAACAGUCCAAAGGCCUCUUCGAGUGCUCUUCCAGAUGCCUGGAUCGCGGCCAUUGCAAUCAACGCGGUGCUGGUGUUCCUGUUUCUCCUUUUCGUCGUGUACUGCUACCUUCGCAGUCGAAAGAGUGCCAAGGACAGGCAUUUGACCGAGUCCGGCGGGAGCGACGAACUGCGGCCCGUCGCCACUCAGCUGGACCGGGCGACCACGCAGCUCCCGGCGCACGAGGGAGCGCCGCACAGAGCCAUCCGGACGGCGAGCCCGGACAACGGACCGACCCAGCCAAGCCCAGCUUGGUCAGGCGCACUGGAGACUGGCCCUGCGCGGGGCACCAGGAACUGGAGCCCAGAUAAAGAAAGCGGCACCAUCGAGGGAGUUGAGGACGACUUUGAGCCUGAGCUCAGGAACCUGGAGCUGGAUGAGUCGGAAGAGGAGCUACCCACGGAGCCCCUGCCAGCGAUGGCGGGAGCCGACAACGAGAAUGGCCGUGGUUCCGUCUACGACGUAGAGGAGCCCAGUCUGCCAUCUAAUACAUUUCCAGCGGGAGUGCCGUCGAAGCAUCCGGGAGUCUCAAGUCCGGGUGCUCGUCUUCCAGGCGCUCCCGAGGACGACCAGGAGACCGAUUCAGGCCCCGUGGCUUUCUACCAGGUGUGCUUGAUGGCGGGCGGUGCCCGAGACUGCCUCGGCUCCAUAGCCCUACCGCUGGACCAACCCCUCACGUUAGAGCAGCUACGAGUUCACCUGGGCCGACAUGCCGAUGCCAGCAUACGGGAGUUGACUGACCCCUCCUUCUGCUUCGUCACCGAGACCAACAGGGAGCUGAAUUUUCAUGAGGCGGCAGGUAGCCUCGUUCACAAGGUGUACCCGUCCGGUGCAGUAAUGCUGAAACACACGAAAGGAGAAAAAGACGGCUCCUCACAAGCUUCAUUUACCGAGGCAUGGACGGGAACACACGCUGGUACGCAGGGCUCGGUCACACCACCUGUGGUCGUCAGCCACCAAGAUAUCAAUAAACCAACUGUACUCUCCAGGAGAAUCUUGCCGAGCAAAACAUGGGGGACGACAGACAAUGCCAUGGUUACGUACGUGGGGCCCUUGGGGAUGUGCCAACGCCCUGAGUGCAAUCAGCCAGGCCGAGUCAAGUGCAUCGACUGUGGCGUGGCGUGUUACUGUACCACUCGCUGCCUCAAGACGGAUUCAUCCCGGCACCGACAAUCCUGCUACCGUAAGUGCCGGCCGCCAUGACCCGAGCCGAAAGAGCUCGACAGCCCUGCACCUACGAACAACAUCAGACGAAGACCUCGCUGCCCUCACGAACUGGCAUCCUCGCCUCCCGGCACGUCCACAUAGCUCUCGCCUGCGCAUGACCCGUGGGCCCCCGCCAAGCGAGCCUCAAUAAAACACCUCUGGGAACAGGUCA